AUGUCUCAAACAUACUUUCCGCUCCCUGUGACCUUCAAGCAGCCACGAACUUCUGCAGAGGUCGUCGCGGAAGGUCAACGGAAUGUCACGACACAGGUCUUUCGCAAGGAGUUCUCAGGUCUUACAGCCUUCCAGAGGCACAAGAAGAUGAUGACAGAUUAUGUGGCUUACUAUCAAUCACAAGUCAGCAACCAGCCGCAGAAGGUCGAGAAAAGCGACGUCGACAUCCUGAAGGAGCAGCACAGGUUUCUCCGAGAAGACGAGGACGAGUCAUCCGAGACUACCUGGGAAGCCCGCGUCGCCAAAAAGUACUAUGACAAGCUUUUCAAAGAGUACUGCGUCGCAAACCUAUCCCGCUACAAAACAUCCCAGAUUGCGCUGCGCUGGCGAACCCAGAAGGAAGUCGUUGCAGGGAAAGGGCAGUUCAUAUGUGCGAACUUAUCAUGCGACGAAAACCCCAACCUACGGUCAUGGGAAGUUAAUUUCGCGUAUGUCGAGGCGAGGGAACGGAAGAACGCGCUGGUGAAGCUGAGGUUGUGUCCGCGGUGCUCAUAUAAACUCAACUACAAGAAGAUCAAGGAGUUGCGAAGGGAGGAGAAGGAGGAGAAGAGGAAACGGAAGGAGGUUCGGAGGGCGAGGCGGGCGAAACGGUUGAAGAUGGACGACCAGGGAACAGUCGCUGGAGAUGGAGCGGAGCAGAAUACGGAUACCCAUUUGGAGGAGGAAGGCGAGGACUCGGCAGGGACAGACGAUGAAGAGCAGGAGGAAGUAGACGACGAACCGGAUGAGAGCGUUGCUGAUGCGGAAGUGGCACAAUUGUGGGCGGCAAAGAACGGCUCGGCACCACCUGACGGGCAACGAAGUCCUACCGAUUCGAGCAGCAUAGAUGCGUUCUUUGCGGACCUAUUUCAAUGA